AUGGUGGGGUGGUUGAUGUUGCAGCAGCAGCUGCCGGAGGAGAACCGCGCGCUGCGACUCAAGGACGCGGCGGCGGCCAGCACGCGCGCCGCGCCCACGGACUCGCGGCUGGCCUGGGGCUACUUCGACGAGCGCGCCUACGUCCAGAAGGGCGCCCUGCGGCCCGGCGAGGACCCCUACGCCCGCAACAGGUUCAACCAGCAGGCCAGCGACCGCCUGCCCAGCAACCGCGACAUCCCCGACGAGCGGAGCCCUCAGUGCCGGAUGCGCAAGUGGCGGGAAGACCUGCCGCCCACGAGCGUCAUAAUUACCUACCACAACGAAGCUCGCUCCACGCUGCUGCGUACCGUCGUCAGUGUCCUGAAUCGGAGUCCAGAGCACCUUAUCAAGGAAAUCAUCCUUGUCGACGACUUCAGCGACAAUCCCGCUGAUGGAGAGGAGCUGGCAAAAAUACAGAAGGUGCGCGUACUCAGGAAUGAAAAACGCGAAGGCCUGAUGCGGUCGCGGGUGCGCGGCGCAGACGCGGCCACGGCGCCGGUGCUCACCUUCCUGGACAGCCACUGCGAGUGCAACGUCGACUGGCUGCAGCCGCUGCUGGAGAGGGUCGCAGAGGACAAGACUCGAGUGGUGUGCCCAGUGAUCGACGUGAUCAGUAUGGACACUUUCGAGUACAUCGGCGCGUCCGCCGACCUACGCGGCGGCUUCGACUGGAACCUGGUCUUCAAGUGGGAGUACCUCAGCGCCGAGGAGCGAGCUGCACGCAAGAAGGACCCCACAGCCCCCAUACGGACUCCAAUGAUUGCCGGAGGUCUGUUCGUCAUCGACAAAGCCUACUUUGAGAAGCUGGGCAAGUACGACAUGAUGAUGGACGUAUGGGGCGGCGAAAACCUCGAGAUCUCGUUCCGCGUGUGGCAGUGCGGCGGCAGCCUGGAGAUCAUCCCGUGCAGCCGCGUGGGCCACGUCUUCCGCAAGCGCCACCCCUACAGCUUCCCCGGCGGCAGCGGCAACGUCUUCGCCAGGAACACGCGGCGCGCCGCCGAGGUCUGGAUGGACGAGUUCAAGGAGUACUACUACAGCGCCGUGCCGCUCGCCAAGAACAUCCCCUACGGAAACGUGGACGACAGGCUGGAGCUGCGGCAGCGCCUGCAGUGCCGGCCCUUCAAGUGGUACCUGCAGCACGUGUACCCGCAGCUGCGCCUGCCCGGCUCCUCGCCCGCGUCGCGCAGCAGCCUGCAGCAGGGCGCCCUCUGCCUCGACACGCUGGGCCACGUGCUCGACGACGGCGCCGGCCUCUACGCCUGCCACAACUCGGGCGGCAACCAGGAGUGGUCGUUGACGAACGAGGGCUACCUCAAACACUACGACGUGUGCCUCACGCUGUCGGACUACAAGCGGGGCGCGCCGCUGCUCAUGAAGGUCUGCGACGACCUGGACACGCAGCGUUGGCACCAAGUGGACAACCCGGGCCUGAUCAAGCACGCGCGCCUCAGCCUAUGCCUGGACUCGAGGGACCACGCGUCCCGCGGUCUCACCGUCGAACGCUGCGACUCCCGUGCACCCUCGCAGCAGUGGCGGCUCUCCGUCAAGAGGCUGUGAUGACGGCCACCCCCGGGGGUCGCCAGGGGCCCACUGCGACUCGCCGACUACCAGGAGGACGCCGUCGCUGCCUCCAUCGCCUCCACUGCCUCUGUGACUGGCAGCUCCAACCUGUCGUCGUCCUCCUACCGCGCAGACACCACCACUGGGGGGAGCUCGUCCACCGCAGGCCCGUGAUGCUCUCGCGCCAGUGGGGACACGUCGUGUGUGCGUGACUCUUCCUGUUGCUCACGGACCGGCACACAGCACUUUUCAUUGCUGCAAAAUAAGCUCCGUGUCUCCAGUUACCAGUGAUGGGUCUGGUGUUCAGUGACUCUGACAGCGAUCUCGGUUGCAACUCACGUUUUAUGAGGUUGCAGGAGGAACACUACUACUGGACACUUUAGUGGAAAGACAGUUGGGCUUUUUAUGACAUAAUGUGUAUGUACAUGAGGGGAAAAUGUGCGUGGCAGUGCCACAGAAAUGUAUUUGCGUGUGGAACACAGAAAACAUGAAGGGUGUUUUGCAUUUGCUCCAUACCUACUUCAGCAGCAAAAUGAACGCAGUAAAGGUGGGCACUGUUGUCGAAGCAAUGUGGUUGCACCUGCCCAGAACACGUAGGAGUUUUGAACUGCCAGUCUCUGAAGAUGUACAGGGUCUUGGUGAAAAAGCUAGCAGCAGCAUUCGAUGCUGGAAUGUUUUUUAAGGAAUUGCUCCUCCAUUUUUAAAUAAGCAUGUUACUUCAUACUUGUAGUUUACUACCCACUACACUGGACUAGUCCUGUACUUUCAGUGAGGGCUCAUGCUUUUUAUAUUGUGUCCACUACAGUCUUGUCUUCCAGAUUGAAUACACCAGAAAUUUUCUAGUGGCUGCAGUGCUCUCUGUACAUGUACACUACAACUUUACCCCAGUGCAUGCACACACUAUGUUCUGAAUCUCUGAUUUAUGUGACUCUGUUAAGGAAGUGAGCUGAUCCUUUUACUGGUACUGGCCUUGUGAUGGAUUAACAGUGACUUCAGUGCAGUAUGGAGUGCCAUAUUUGUGCACAGGAGUUUCACCUAAGUGACUGUAAAAUUUAAAGCACUUUUAAGAUAUUGUAACAAAAUUUAACACCUUUAUAUUUUCAUCCAUCAGUGCGUCUAGCACAGAUCAAUAAAUAUUUCAAAAUAGGCUAAAUUUUGAGAGCCUUCCUUGCUGAAAAAAUUAGAUUUACUUGUAGUGCCUUUCAAACGAUCUUGUGUGAGGGGAAAGCUGUGAUAAUUUUGUUUUUAUCUUUCAGUGGCCUAAUUUUGAUAGUUACUAUUUUCACAGUUACUAAAUUGUUUUAAAUGUUUCUGCUAUGGUGUCAUGUUUGUUCAUACUGUGCUGUAUUUAAUAGAACUCUGCAUCUACCAAGAAAGAUUAAACUGUUGUAAUUUUUUUACACAUUUUUUCAAUGCAGUUCACCUUGCAUUUCCUUACUCAGGGGAGAAAUCUCUUUUGGUACUGUCACAUAAAGUUUUGUUUCCAUGUAGUAAUUAAGAACUUCCUUAUUUUGCUAUAUAGAUUGAUGCAUUAAUUUCAGAACAUAUGUUUUGGAUAUAUCAAAAAUCGUAGUAUUAGACCACAGUCAUGUAAUCAACUAACCAUUUUCAUCAAUAUUGCCAACUUUAUUCCAGUCAAUAGACACAUACAAUAGUCAACAGAUAUAUUGUUUAUGAUGCAUGACUAAAACACAGCAACAUGCAGAAAUUUUCAUAAGUCCAUAGUGCAGUUAUGAAAAUGGUUGAAAAACGAAAUUUAUUUUGUAAAGGAUCAUUAUUUGCAGCAUACAUAUUACUUAUGGAAUGAAUUUUGUAUUGACCACUUCAUGUUAUUAGAUUAUUGUAUGAUUGUAUCAAGUUGUACCGUAAUGGCACAAAGGAAUUAGAGAUGUGGUACAGUGAGCUGUAUUAGACUUUUGUGGCAGUAUUAUAGGUAUGGUUUGAGUCACAUGUACACACACACGUGUGUGUGUGUGUGUGUGUGUGUGUGUGUGUGUGUGUGUGUGUGUGUUUGUGUGUGUGCGUGUGUUAGAGAGAGAGAGAGAGAGAGAGAGAGAGACAGAGAGAGAGAGCGUAGUAAAGUUGUUUGUUUUAAUUUCAAUAAUUAUUGAAGCUGUUCUAGGACAAUAUUUGGUAUGUGUUGUGAGAGUUAACCUUAUACUAAAAUUCAUAAGUUCCAGUGACAAGACUAACAUGCUUUUUUUAUUAUAUAUUCAGAUUGAAAGCAGUUCAAUGGAAAGUUUUAUCAGUUGUGCCACCAUUAGUCUAAAAAUAUACUGGUGUAAGCGACUACAUAACUUUGUUUAUCCAUGAAUUUGUGGAGUGCAAUGCAAAAACUGUAAACAAAUGAUAUGAAAUCAGUUACAACAAAAUAGAUGACAUAACACUUUGUAGAAUUUAGAAAAAUAAUUCACAUUUGAAAAAAGUACAUCCUCGAUCUUCCCUUGGUAUGCCUGAUAUCUGCAUCAGCAUCUGUAUAUAUAUAAAACAAAAUGGAAAAUCAUGAUCUUCUUCAGUAUAUUAAACAAAAUUUGGAAGUAUCAAUUUCAUAAUACUCAUGUUAUCGCUACUGGUCUUUUUUGUGGCUUUCUUCAGAUCUUCACAUUUGUACUCAUCGCAAAAUUUGAUAACAGUGAUGUAAAUCUUUAUAGUUAGAGUUAAUCCUCACAGGAGAUUUUUGUAAUAUACAUUGCUAUUGGUCAACAUUUGACUAUUAGACUUACUCUUAAUUUUUAAUGUAAAUACUCAAUAAUUGAGUGGUUUGUCUUUAGUAAUGUUUCGACCUAAGAAGUUCAUUUAAAUUGUAAUCCAAUGAUGUUUGAAACUAAGUGUAUCAUAGACAAUUUUAUUAUUUCAUUGAUAUGGUAAUCAACUUGACAACAAUCAGCAUUGUUGUAAACAUAAGAUGUCCUAUUUUUAAAUGAUUGUGUUAAAAUGCCUUUAUAUUCUUGUUUAAGCUAAGAAUGGAGAUUAAUAAUGUUGAAAUUUAAUAAGGUUGUGUGAUAAAUCUUCCUAUAACGAGAAUGAAUGAGCAGCAGUUGUUGAAUUUGAUUUCCUUUCCAGGAAGCCUUGAUAUCAAGUAAUUUUAUGUCAAAAAUGGAAUAUUUUAAAAUAUAGAAACAUGUAGUGUCAGGAAUAAAGUUCUGUGAACCUGUGAAUACUGGAAUAAAUACGUUUAAAUAGUA